GGCGUCUGCAGCAGCGGCCGCGGUGGCGGAGGAGGCUGGAGGGGAGUCGGCAGUGCCGGCGGCGGGAUCGGCAGUAGCAGUAGCAGCGGCGGCAGCGGCAGCAGCAGCAGCAGCAGUCGCAGACAGCAGCAGCCCUGGGUCCCGCGGCGCCACUCGCCCCGCUGCCUCCCGUACUGCCUGACCCGGCCGGCGAGCCCGCCCGCCGCCAGCCCCGCCAGCGCCCUCAGUCGUCCUCUGACUCGCCCUCGGCCUUGCGCGCCAGCCGCAGCCCGAGCUGCAACGCCACCCGCAGUCUGAGCCCCGGCCGCCGGCGCAGCCCCAGCUCGCUCCGUCGCCGCUGCUGUUCGUCCCAGCACCGGCCCCGCACCGACACCCUGGAGGUGGGGAUGCUCCUGUCCAAGAUCAACUCCCUGGCCCACCUGCGCGCCGCGCCCUGCAACGACCUGCACGCUACCAAGCUGGCGCCGGGCAAAGAGAAGGAGCCCCUGGAGUCGCAGUACCAGGUGGGCCCGCUGUUGGGCAGCGGUGGCUUCGGCUCGGUCUACUCGGGCAUCCGCGUCGCCGACAACUUGCCGGUGGCCAUCAAGCACGUGGAGAAGGACCGGAUUUCCGACUGGGGAGAACUGCCCAAUGGCACCCGAGUGCCCAUGGAAGUGGUCCUGCUGAAGAAGGUGAGCUCGGGCUUCUCGGGCGUCAUUCGACUUCUGGACUGGUUCGAGAGGCCCGACAGUUUCGUGCUGAUCCUGGAGAGGCCCGAGCCGGUGCAAGACCUCUUCGACUUUAUCACCGAGCGGGGAGCCCUCCAGGAGGAGCUGGCUCGGAGCUUCUUCUGGCAGGUGUUGGAGGCCGUGCGGCAUUGCCACGACUGCGGGGUUCUCCACCGCGACAUCAAGGACGAGAACAUCCUGAUCGACCUGAACCGCGGCGAGCUCAAACUCAUCGACUUCGGAUCGGGGGCGCUGCUCAAGGACACAGUCUACACGGACUUCGAUGGAACCCGAGUGUACAGUCCUCCAGAGUGGAUUCGCUACCAUCGUUACCACGGCCGGUCGGCAGCGGUCUGGUCCCUGGGGAUCCUGCUUUAUGAUAUGGUCUGCGGAGAUAUUCCAUUUGAGCACGACGAAGAGAUCGUCAAGGGUCAAGUGUUCUUCAGGCAAAGGGUCUCUUCAGAAUGUCAGCAUCUCAUUAGAUGGUGUCUGGCCCUGAGACCAUCAGAUCGGCCAUCCUUCGAAGAAAUCCAGAACCAUCCGUGGAUGCAGGAUGUCCUCCUACCCCAGGCAACCGCUGAGAUUCAUCUGCGCAGCCUCUCACCGGCGCCCAGCAAAUAGCAGCCUUUCCGCCAGACUCCGGGGAGGGAGAGCUGUCUCCCUGCUUCUUCCAGCAGGACCCUGCUUCGGACAGGAACAGCAGUGAGAACUCAUUCCAGACUCCAGGUUCCUGGAGCAGCCUCCCACAGGGGAGAGAGACUCGACUUCACGUUUUCCAGGCCCCUCUGCCCCCUGCAUAGACGCCUCUCACAGUGUCUAGUUUUACUGGGCUCUGCAGAAUCCUAGGGUGGGGGGGUGGGAGUGGGUCCGAACCCUGCCAUGGAACUUUAGUCACCACGGAGACUUCCGGGGUCACCAAGAUGGGCUAGGGUAGGGGGAAAAUAUGUUGGGGGUGGGAUUAAAAAAAAAAACAACAACAACGAAAAACUAGCACCAUAUUUUAAGUCCCUGUUCACCUCUUCCAACUCCUCUGAGUGCCUUCUGUGGGGACUCCGGCUGUGCUGGGAGAAAUACUUGAACUUGCCUCUUACCUGCUGCUUCUCCAAAAAUCUGCCUGGGUUUGGUUCCCUCUUCUUUUCCCGUUCCCGUCCUCCCCCCACCCCCCCACUUCCUAUGAAAGGUGCCAUGGAAGAGGCUACAGGGCCAAUUGCUGAGCCGCCCGCCCUUCUUCUGCCUCCUUUAGUAGAACGAGUGAACUGGUCUUCCUUUUUGGUUUCCACUUAACUGUUUCAAAGCCAAGACCUCACACAGAAUGCACACUCAAUGCAACAACCAGACAGCUGUAAAUGUGUGUACAGUCGGCAUGGUAGCCUGCAAAAGGACUGUAGUUGAUACAAUUUCGAGAAAAAAAAAAUGCCUUUAAGUUAUUGUACGUGUUGGGGUUUUUUUUUGUUUUCUGUUUUGUUUUUUUGAAAGACGGCACAUUCUAGCCUGGAAGUCGAUGUUAAUGUAUUUAUUUAUUUAUUUAUUUGGUUGGCCUUCCUCUUCCAAGCUUCCAUUGGCUGCUGCCCGAGGAUUUUAUUGUCGUGUUCUGUUUUGUUUUUUUUUUUCCUCCUGACCUGGGGACCUUUUUUUGGGGGGGGGGUGCUGCAAUGCUUGCUGGGGUGAAGGGACUCUGGUGGGACAGCUGCUGUAGUUCCUUCUGUGGUGGGGGUCCCUUGCCUGCUUACUGGAGUGGGUCUGGGCUCUGUCUGGGAAGGGGCAUUGCUGGCUGUACAUAAAAGGAAGGCAGUUCCGGCAUGGUGUGCCUUCCGGGAUCCUCUGGGGCUGAGCUUCGUUUGAGCAGCAUGUAGCCUGCUGGUUUUAUCUGAGUGAAAUACUGUACAGGGGAAUAAAAGAGAUCUUAUUUUU